GUUUCCUACAGUGAAGGAACCUACAAGAGUCUAUCGACCCCAGCCAUGCCCUCACAAAUAAUGACAGAGCUGCAGAUUGCCGGUGCAGUGAAACAGGGCAACCUGAAUCGGCUCAGCCCUGCCGUACAGAACUUUAUCCUUGCCAAUGCCAAGAUCUGCCAGCCCGACUAUAUCCAUAUCUGCGAUGGCUCCGAGGAGGAGAAUAAGAAGCUUCUUCACUUGAUGGAGGAAACGGGCAUGAUCCGCAGACUGCACAAGUACGAGAACUGCUGGUUGGCACGGACAGACCCACAGGACGUGGCCAGGAUAGAAAGUAAGACUGUGAUCGUCACUCAGGAGCAGAGAGACACCGUUCCCCUGGCCAAGAGCGGACAGAGCCAGUUGGGGCGCUGGAUGUCAGAGGAGGAUUUCAAAAAAGCCUUUAAAUCCAGGUUCCCUGGUUGUAUGAAAGGUCGCACAAUGUACGUGAUUCCAUUUAGCAUGGGGCCAAUCGGAUCCCCCCUGUCCAAGAUCGGGAUUGAGUUGACGGACUCCCCGUAUGUGGUGGCCAGCAUGAGAAUCAUGACUCGGAUGGGCACGGCCGUACUGGAGACUCUGGGAGACGGGGAAUUUGUCAAGUGUCUGCAUUCUGUCGGCUGCCCCCUGCCCCUGAAAAAACCUCUAGUAAACAACUGGCCGUGUAAUCCUGAGCAGACUCUCAUCGCCCACAUCCCUGAACAGAGAGAGAUCAUUUCCUUUGGAAGUGGUUAUGGAGGAAAUUCCCUGCUGGGGAAAAAGUGCUUUGCCCUCAGAAUUGCCAGCCGCAUUGCCAAAGAAGAAGGGUGGCUAGCUGAGCAUAUGCUGAUCUUGGGUAUCACCAAUCCAGAAGGUGAGAAGAAAUAUUUUGCGGCGGCGUUCCCCAGUGCCUGCGGAAAAACAAAUCUGGCUAUGAUGAAGCCUUCUGUUCCGGGCUGGAAGAUCGAAUGCGUCGGGGAUGACAUUGCGUGGAUGAAGUUUGAUGAACACGGAAACCUAAGGGCCAUCAACCCAGAAAAUGGCUUCUUUGGGGUUGCACCCGGCACAUCCGCCAAGACAAACCCAUACGCCAUGGAGACCAUUCGAAAUAACACCGUUUUUACCAAUGUGGGAGAAACCAGCGACGGUGGCAUCUACUGGGAGGGCAUUAACGAGUCUUUGGAUCCAGGCGUCACGUUGACCUCUUGGAAGAACAAGGAAUGGACACCAGAAGAUGGGGAACCUUGCGCCCACCCCAACUCCCGGUUCUGCACGCCUGCAAGUCAGUGCCCAAUCAUUGACCCUGAGUGGGAGUCCCAGGAAGGCGUGCCCAUUGAGGGCAUCAUUUUUGGAGGACGCAGGCCUACAGGUGUCCCACUGGUCUACGAGGCUCUGAAUUGGCAACAUGGUGUUUUUGUCGGAUCUGCAAUGAGGUCCGAAGCAACAGCGGCAGCUGAACAUAAAGGCAAGGUUAUCAUGCACGAUCCUUUUGCAAUGAGACCUUUCUUUGGUUACAACUUCGGGAAAUACCUUGCUCACUGGCUCAGCAUGGAACACCUUCCCUCCACCAAGAUGCCAAAGAUCUUUCACGUCAACUGGUUCCGCAAAGACAAAGAAGGCAACUUCCUGUGGCCAGGCUACGGGGAGAACAUCCGCGUCCUUGAAUGGAUGUUCAAGAGAAUCAAUGGAGAAGACUGCGCCAAAGAGACGCCCAUCGGCUACAUCCCGGCUGAAGGUGCCCUGAACCUGAAAGGACUUGGAGAUGUCAACGUAGAAGAACUUUUUGAACUAUCUAAGGAAUUCUGGGAAGAUGAAGUGAAGGACAUUAAAAAAUACCUGGAUGACCAGGUCAAUGCCGACCUGCCGUAUGAAAUUGAAAGGGAGUUGUCUGCGUUAGAGGAGAGGCUGAAGCAGUUGUGAGUGAGGGUGGGAGGACCUUAGACUCUAUCCAAUAGAAGUGGGCGGUGGGCCGGCAGCCCGGGCUUAACGUACGGUACUAUAAUUGGUGAUGGUUGGGUCACGAUUAUACGAGCUGUGAGCAAAUAUUUUUAGAGUAGAAGUUUAAGAUAAAAAAUAAUUUUUGUCUUCCUUACUCAAUGACCCAGAGUCCUCUGGGUGAUUCCACGAGGCGGGGGAUGGAUUAGUAGGGGGGACCCCCGUACUGUAUCUAUAGGAACCCUGUCUUACUGUAAACCACUUUCUCUUUGGGGUGCACCUUCUGUUUCUUAUGGGCGGUACGAGAGUUCUGUGGGGUAAGGGUGCGGUAGGAGGAGCCUCCUCUUUAUUAGAGGCGGGUCAUCUAGUGAGAUCCCACCCAUGAGUAAAUGCAAAUGGUUCCUGCUUUUAGUUUCAUGGUUUCCAUGGUUUCCAUAACAAUUUGGGUGCCAAUUAAUUUAUAUGACAAGGGAGAGUGGGAGGAGCCAUUGAGGGAGAGUGGGAGGAGCCAUUCGGCCAUGGAAGCUGAGGAGGAGGAGAAAGGGCAAGUAAUAUACUAGGCAAUUAGGAUUUUUUUAUAUUAAAUAUACAAGAUUGUAUAUCGCCUUUUUAUAUCCUGAUUAUAUAUUUUUAUUGUGACUGUUUUUCUCGAUGUUUUUGUUUCAAUGUGAAAUCAAAUAUAAAUUUUUAUACAAAAAAAAA